AUGUCUACAAUUAAUGAUCUUCUACCACUUCCCAACUCCACAGAGCGCAUCCCGCGCCUGGGUUUUGGUGUCUACCGUUCCCCAGCAAGCCAGUGCGUGAAAUCCGUGCACAGGGCAUUGGAGGUCGGAUACAGACACAUCGACACUGCGCAGCUCUAUGGCAAUGAAGCGGAAGUCGGUGAAGCUUUGCGCACUUCCGGCAUCUCUCGCGAAGAGGUCUUCCUUACUACUAAGAUCCUGGUCCCCGCUGGUUCUCCCGAAGCUACCUAUGAGAAGCUAGUAGAGAGCGUGGAGAAGGUCAGUGGACCUGGAGGUUAUGUGGAUUUAUUCUUAAUUCAUAGCUCCAAGUCAGGACCUGCUGGUCGCAAACAUUUAUGGCAGGCACUGGAGAAGCUACAACAGGAAGGAAAGACGAAGAGCAUUGGUGUGAGCAAUUUUGGAGUUCAGCAGAUUGAGGAGAUGCGGGCAUAUGCCAAGGUGUGGCCUCCACAGGUGAAUCAGAUUGAGCUUCACCCUUGGUGUCAGCAACUGGAGAUCGAUGCAUACUGCAAGCGCAAUGGCAUUAUUGUCGAGGCCUACUCCCCCAUCGUACGCAACUAUAAAGCGAAUAACCCGACUCUGGUUGAAGUGUCCAAGAAAUACAAUAAAACCACCCAGCAAGUUCUGAUCCGAUAUGCGCUUCAGAAGGGAUGGGUGCCAUUGCCCAAGAGUGACGAUCCAGAGCGCAUUGCUGCGAAUGCCGACGUGUUCGACUUUAAUCUCAGCGGAGAGGAUAUGGACGUGUUGAAUUCGCUCGACCAAGGAGCGGAGGGUGCUAUUGUCGAGGCUGUGGUGAACGAGUGA